AAAAGGGAGUAAGGAGCUUCCCAGCGGUCAGCGGAGACAUCUGGAUCUCAGCGGCGCGCUUUCUUUCUUUGUACUUAUAAUUCCUUACAUCCCCUGCAUAUAUAUUUUUUUAAUUAAAAAUAACAGUAAUAAAAAUAAUUGACCCUGCCGAGAUUGGCACGAGGUAUCCGAAAACCUGGAGGGACGUAUUUUAUAAUGUCCUUUGCUGCGGCCUCUUCCGAAUCCAGCCUGACGCAACACAACGAAGUCAAAGGAUUUUCUUUGAGGGUAAUGGAUUACACGUAUGAUGAAGAUCUGGAGGAAUUGUGUCCCGUGUGUGGAGAUAAGGUUUCCGGAUACCAUUACGGACUGCUCACUUGCGAAAGUUGUAAGGGAUUUUUCAAGAGGACUGUUCAAAAUAAUAAGAGGUACACUUGCGCGGAAAACCAGGACUGUAAAAUUGACAAAACGCAAAGGAAAAGAUGUCCUUUCUGUCGAUUCCAGAAAUGCCUAAACGUCGGAAUGAGGUUAGAAGCUGUCCGGGCCGACAGGAUGAGAGGGGGCAGGAACAAGUUCGGCCCGAUGUACAAGCGCGACAGGGCCCUGAAGCAGCAGAAGAAGGCGCUGAUCCGGGCCAACGGCUUCAAGCUGGAGUCCACACCUCCCCUGAUGUCCCCAGUGCAGACUGACUUUGGCUUCACAGCUGGUCUGCCGGGACCCCACCCCGUCUCAAAGGCCAUGCUGCCCGGCCCCCAGGCCCCAAUGGUGCCCACAGACUAUGACCGCAGCCCAUACGGACCCCCUCCUCCCUUGGGUAUGACCAUGCAGAGCCACGGCCCGAUUCCUGUCCAGUACCAGUACAGCUCCUUCUCCAGCCGGGCCAUCAAGUCCGAGUUCCCCGACCACUACACAAGCUCCCCUGAGUCUCUGGUGGGCUACCCCUACCCAGAGGUGUACCCCUCGGGAUCCCCGCAGCCUCCCUGCAUCCCCCAGCUGGUCCUGGACCUGCUGCGCUGCGAGCCGGAUGAGCUGCAAGUGCAGAAUAAGAUCAUGACGUACCUGCAGCAGGAGCAGAGCAGCCGCGGCAAACACGAGAAGCUGAGCACCUUCGGGCUCAUGUGCCGCAUGGCCGACCAGACGCUCUUCUCCAUCGUGGAGUGGGCCCGCAGCUGCAUCUUCUUCAAAGAGCUCAAGGUGGGUGACCAAAUGAAGCUCCUACACAAUUGCUGGAGUGAGCUGCUGGUGCUGGACCAUGUGUCCCGGCAGGUGCAGCACGGCAAAGAGGGAAGCCUACUACUGGUCACUGGCCAGGAGCUGGAGAUCGCCUCCAUCACUGCCCAGGCUGGCUCCACGUUGAGCAACCUGGUCCAGAGGGGGCAAGAGCUGGUGGGCAAGCUGCAGUCACUGCAGGUGGACCGGAGGGAGAUCACCUGCAUCAAGUUCCUCGUCCUCUUCAAUCCUGACGUGAAGCUGCUGGAGAACCAGCAGUUUGUGGAGAGCGUUCAGGAGCAGGUGAACACGGCGCUGCUGGAAUACACAGUCUGCAGCUACCCGCAGUUGGAUAAGUUCGGCCAGUUGCUACUGCGUCUGCCCGAGCUGCGUGCCCUAAGCGUGCAGGCCGAGGACUAUCUGUGCUACAAGCACCUGAGUGGCGAGGUGCCCUGUAACAACCUGCUCAUCGAGAUGCUGCAUGCCAAGAGGGCGUGUAUCUGAAACCCCGCCCACAUCGACCCCACCCCCCGCAAGCGGACUCCACCCCCAAGCCAGAGAGACUGAGUGCCAUGUUCACUCAUCCUUCUCAUUUGCAGUCUCAUGUUUCAGUUCUGCUAUCAUGUAUGUGCACAGUGACCAAAUAAGCUCCUGUGAUGCCACCAUGGGGUUUGACGAGGGUCUCCUCCCUGUUUUCCCCUCAGUCUGGAGAUCAAUUCAGCUGCCUCCUCACAACAUGAAAUUCUACUCUUCUGUCUGACUAUUUGGUCUUUUAAGUCACCAAGAGUGCUAAAUUCAGCCAUAGAUGCCAUAUUUUGACACCAAACACAUUAGAAUUUGUUUUGUUUUAGAAUUUGGAGCACUGUUUUUUUAACUUAUAACUGCAUUUUUUUAAUCAAUUUCUGACUCACUGAACUGUUAAGUUAAUAACUUUGAAGGUAGUAACGCAUAUUUGACCUUUUAAGAAUUUGUUAGUUUCUUACUCAUUUCUUAUUAAUGUUUAUUUAAGUGUUUCACAUGAUUUUAGUACUGAGCACUUUCUCCUACAUUUCUAUUAUUCCGGUGUUUUUACAUGAUAAUUUAAAGAAAUUACUGCAAGUCUGAAAGCAUUUUAAUUGUCAGCGUAAUUGUUCUUUGGAGCUGAUGAAAAAAAGGUCAUCAGGGAUGACAGAUGGGUGAUACUUUUCCUUAGAAGGUUUGUGUAACUGUGUAGUAACAGCAUCAGAUCAUGGUCACUUGCACAGAAGACAAAAUUAACAGUUGCAUCCAGUGCAAGCAUAAUAUCAGAGCAAUUAGGAAAAGCCGUGCGUAGGAACUGGUAGGUAAGAUCAUCAUUUUCAGUGAAAAAUAAUCCUUAACUGUAGUAUUGUAAGUCACUUUAAAAUAUGAGGAAUAAGAUAUUGUGACUGAACUCUUAUAUAACGAUCUAAAGACCAGCUACAAUGAAAACACACUAUGCAAAAUGUACCUACUUUAUGAGCAGAAAGGCUUAGAUAUGUAUAGAAGUAUGCUUUCGGGAGCUCUGCGAUGGCGUUUUUAAUUGAAUUAAAUGCUUAAAGAAACUUCGCUCAGUGUAGAAGGCUAGACAAUGCCAGCAUCACCAUUGUUGUCCAUUUAGACAGGUUAUUAUUAGAUUUUUAGGAUAGGAGAGUGCAUCAUAGAGGGGCUGUUAUGGACGACCAUGCCGAACAUAGAAGGCGGCUUCAGCACGGCUCUGCAGGGGCAGAAUGUGCCUGAGUGUGCAGAACACCAGGGCACGGCCCACUCAUCCGUGAGCAUAUCGAGGUUAAAGGUGACGGCUGGCGGGGGAGGUCAGUCGUGGGCGGACUUGAGGUGUAUAGGUGGGAGGGAGACAGAAAGCCCUCGUUUUAGUUGGAGAGUGGACACAGAGGGGUAGGCCCGGAGUGGAAGGAAGUCAGCACCGGGCCAAUGUCCAUGCAUACAGACAGCAAAAAACACGUGUCCAGUGGCAGUCACCCCUUUAGGUGCCAUUGACAGCCACCUAGACUGCCAUCUUCUGGGGGGUGGGCACAGAGAAAAAAGCUUGGCCAGGGAGCCACACGGGGUUCGACUGGCCCUGCAUGUGUCAGUCAGUUUGUGCUUGAAUAUUCUUUGCCAAACAAAUUAAACCAAAAACCCUGAUUAAUGUGCAAACCCUGCUAUCAUGAGGGACUCUGAUAUUCUCUGGGACUAGGUAGACAAAUCCUGCGAAUCAGGUCUUCAUACCGAUUCUGUUGUGAGGUCGUGCUCAACUGUGCAAUUAAAAGACACUGCAAAAUGCCUAAUCAUUUUCAUCCUCAUCUUCAGCAUCAAGAAUACUGGUCGAGAGAUCAAGGACAAACCAGCGAGCAGUUUGGGCAUAGUGAUUUUUCUGGGAGAGAUAAGUGAAGGGAAUGUACGCAGUCCCCGUCAGACAUGCACACAUAUGCACAAGCACACGCUAACACAGAGAGUGACUCGGUCACUCUGGGAAAAGGACAGUCACAUGAGGGGGUCGUGCUUUCGCGACUGAUCGAGAUGUGUCACAAGUCAUUCUGCUCUGUGGGUGUCUGUGACUCAUUCUGUCCUCCAUCAUCUUGCUUGGUCUUGUGGAAAUGUGCCGUUAAAACUGGUUUGUUUCCCUAUCUUGCUACAUUCAGAAUAUUUCACUUUUUUCUAAAUAUAAAAAUGUUCUGUUAUAACAGGAGAGGUAAUACUUUGAAAAGGAAUAAAUUAAUGUGCUGUGAGAAAUUAAUACUGACAGCCCAUGCAAUGAGAGACUAUAUGGGCUUCUAAUCUCGCUUUAGGUUUAAAAAGUGCAGAACUUUCCUAACAGUACUCUAUAGUUUGAUCAUGUGAAGGGCAGAACUGUGACAUUUUAACAUCGAAUGUGUUGUAAUUAAGCAUAUGACUCAAUGUACAAAUGAAUAAAAUGAUGUAAAUCACAACAAAGUUUAA